CUGAGGAGAUACUCCUAGACAACCUUCAUUCCUGUUGUCUCUAAUACUGGUCAGGUGAAGGAAAGGAAAUCUAGUUCUGAGUACGAGGAAAAUUGUGAUCAGCACUGUAAAGCGAUCAACGAAUCCAUUUGCUAACUGGUCACAGCAGUUCAUGGAACUCAAUGGCAAAUACUUCUUUCUUCUUGCAAAGGGCUUUUAAGUCUCUUAUCCCUUUCCUGAAAGAUUGCUGUCGAUGGCGUACUCCGAGAGGAAGAAGCAUGUCUUCGUCAUGAAAAAGUAGGAGUUGCUUUUCUUUUUUCUAUUAACUGCCUUUGCGAGCAUCAACAAAAGUCUCUUUACCUUCCUCUCGGGAACAGUUGUGGCAACCAGGAGAACUAGACCAAGAAUCUCACUGAAGUCUUUAUCAGAAGCUACAGGUUAUGGAGUAUGAUCAAGAAGGAGAUCGCCUUUCCAUCUGAUCACCACUUCUAUGCCAACCGCUUGCAGAAGAGUAGAUGCAUAAAUCAAGCUGUGCUUUUAAGUACAUCCCACAGCUUGCUUGCACCUUCCAUGAGGGACGAAAUCUCAUGUCGCCUUUCGUAUGUGGGCAAUAACAUGGUUAUUUCGAUCAGACAGCAAAUCAUGGCGUGAUUUCAUUCUCCAUCAGUUUCAUUGGAGGAGAAGUGUCUCUCAUCAUGGGGAAAUACUUACAGUUCUUUUCUGAAGAAAAAGGCUAUAUAAGGAGGGUUGAGCUUGGCAGUAAAUGUUGCAUCUAUGACCUUGAGCUCGUCACUCCACACAUAAACCUACUAAGAAGAAUCUCUCAGAACGACCAUGGAAGAAACCCUAGACUACCUAUCUGGCUUCCUGUGCACCGGCCACAAGGUCAAGAAGAAGCAGUUUCAGACCGUGGAGCUGAAGGUCAGAAUGGACUGCGACGGCUGUGAGCUUAAAGUCAAGAAAGCCCUUUCUUCAAUCAACGGGGUUCAAUCGGUUGACGUCGACAGGAAGCAGCAGAAGGCCACCGUCACCGGCUACGUGGAGCCAAACCAGGUCUUAAGGAAGGCCAAGGCCACAGGGAACAAGGCCGAGCUCUGGCCUUACCUUCCUUACAGCUUGGUGACACACCCUUACACCGCAGGCAUCUACGACAAGAAGGCUCCGUCAGGUCACGUUAGGAAUGUGGAGUGUGUUGCCGUGGUCUCCGACCAUGGCCGCAAGCAAGAAGACCAGCUCGCCGAUAUGUUCAGCGAGGAUAACCCCAACUCCUGCUCUAUCAUGUGACAUGUUUUCGUCCUCUGCGACAGCUGUUCACAUACUACUACUGUUCGGUGAUUCCAUGUCUCAGAGUGGGGAAUCGGUGGCGGGGACGAAGGGGUUAUGUCGUGUUUUGUGGCUUUCAGCUUUUUACGUGUGUACUUUUUGUUGGAUGAGCGUUGACGAUUUAUAAAAACAAAAAACAAAAAACAAAAACAAAAA